GGGCGAGCCUGAGCGGACAGCUAUAUGGGGCUCGGUGAGCUGAUACGCAUGUACUGCACGUGGAUCUAGACGCCGCGGCACGCCUUCCGUCGUAGAGUAUCUGUAGUUAGUGCGUGUACUGCCCGGCUUGAGGGCCUUGGGCCCUCUUCGUCUGUCCCACCACCCGACGGAGUAUACUGUCUGGAAUAUUCUCACUCGACCCGCUCCUGGCACUGCACGCCAUUGCAGAGCAAGAGACAAGGACCACCGAAGCUUGAUCUGAAAGGUCGCGCCAACAGCGACCAGAGCGGUGUAUCCAAGAGCCUACCACCUGCGACAACAGCGCCUUUACUUGUAGGCAUACCGAGCAUGCGCGAGACCGUACAACACCGGACUCGGGAACAAAGGUCCUUCCAUACUCCUGGCUCUAGGCCUCCGAGUCCCACACACACGACAGGCAUAUGUUCGCGCCUUCCACCCGAGCUCAUCGAGCUGAUUGUCGGGUUCCUCUGGGCUGACCUGCCCGCACUUGCUACAUGCCGUCUUCUCUGUCGUGCUUGGAGUCCCGCUCCACUCCGGCACUUCCCUCCGCAAGUUGCCUUCCUUUACCCACUUAGGUUUAGACACCGGAGUGCCUUCAACAAGUUUGCACGUCUCCUCGCCUCACAGAAGAACAGACCUUAUUUUCAUUCUCGAUACCGAGACUUCACAAGUCUUGUGAUUGAGGACGACCCUAUGGAUCAAUUCGGGCACUCCUGGACACACCAGCUUCCUGACUACUUUGUUUACUGGCUAAGGGAGCUAGAGUUGGAGGCCGUCGACUGGACAUCCACCCAACCACAUCCCCGCUUCUUCCAGCAUCUCUCCCACUACACUGACCUCCGUUCGCUGACGCUCAGAAAGUGCCGCUUUCGCAACACGUCGGUAGUUCGAACAAUCAUCAACUCACUGCGACGUCUCAGCACAAUCACACUGUGGGACAUAACAUUUAAUGCUCUGCGGACGCCAUCUCUGCCGACGUCGUCCGUGAUCACUUGUCCACAACUUGAAAUUCGGCUCCGGACGGACGGUUUCUGGCCUGUCAGUUCGCAGAGUCUGCUCAAUCUGUGUCUCGAAUACCCACAAGCUACCUGUCUCGACUUGGACCUACGGUACUUCCCCUCAAUCCUGCACCUACAGCACUUCCUACUUUAUUGUUCCAAAGUCGUGGUUCUUGAAUUCAGGAACACGUUCAACUCUGAUCCAGGGCUGGAACUUCAAUUUGGCACUGGAACCAACCCUACGCAUCCACAUCCUCUCUCCCUGUCUAUCAAAGAACUACGCUUUCACGACAUGCCAGCGGGGUGCGCAUCGCAGAUCCUGCAACUGUCCAGGCCAGUCAAGCUCCCGGGAAGGGGGGGUUCAUUUAGCCACCGGCCGCUACCGCACGCGCAUCUCAGCAUCUUGCCGAGGGAACUGAAUAUCGGAUUGGUCGACCGCCCAUCUGCAGAUGAUAUGCGAAGCGUUGCACGUUCACUGCGACAAUACGGAUCCCACCUUAACCGCUUUGAAUGGUGGAACCGAGAGGGAAACGACCUGGGUGCUGUGCCGUGCACCGCGGCCAAUACAUUCCUCACAUCGCUGUCCAUCUAUUUUGGCCUCGCUCCAUCACGACAUACACUUCAAAGGUCUCUUUUGGAUGUGUUGUCCAACAUUACAUGUCCAAGGCUGGAGCGGCUCAUGAUCGAUAUCGUGCUGUUGCGUCCCACGGCAUCUCGAAGUCGACAUGACUCGGAGGUUUUGCUGACGACAAUUGACACACGGGACUUUACAUCCGCUUUCUGCGCCGUUCUAUCCCGGAGUAUCUUAACCCGGGUGAGCAACUGGUCUAUUAGGAUGCACAUGACGGAUUCACGGAGCGACGUUAAAUCCGACAUGGUCAACCUCUUUAAGCCGUGGACAGAUCGCGGAACCGUACUGUACGUGGACUAUGGGCUUAGUUGGAAAUUCUCCGGAGGAGUAGAUAUAGCUGAAAGAACGGUGGCUGAGUAACCCACGUCGUUGGGUGAGGAGCACACCUCGUCGGAUGAGGAAGGCAUGUCGUCGGACGGGGAACCCCUGCUGUCGGAUGAGGAA